GCCCGGAAGUUACUAUCAUUCAUAAACAUAUAUACAGUCGUGUGAAUGGCCACAACGAAACACAAACUUUCGUCAAAUACACAACGAAAUACCAUGUUUUCGCGAUAGUAUUGUAUCAGCUGCCAAGUUUUCUUAAUGGAUAACAUUCCUGCGAACUCUGUGGAACCAGAAGAACUGGUAAACCAUAUAAAAAGCCAACCAGAAUGCACUUUGAUCUUGGACAGCCGUUCAUUCAUGUCAUACAACGAGAAUCACAUCGUUCAUUCAGAAAAUGUCCAUUGCCCACCUAUAGUAAAGCGGAGAUCUGGUGGAUUUGUAGCACUAGAAAAUAUUGUACCAUGUGAAGUUAAACGAAAACAGUUAGAAAGUGGUGUAUUCAGGAAAAUAAUUGUGUAUGACGGAGACACGUGUGACUUAACCUCAGCAUCGAAAGAUUCUAAUUUAUACUCAGUUCUGAAGAGUUUAAGACAACAGUUGGUUGAUAAAAUUGAUUCUGGUGAUAUAUGUUAUCUUAAAGGUGGAUUUUGUGAUUUCCAAAGGGUAGCUCCACAACUCUGUGAGGGACAAUCUCAUUCUUUCCAAACAUCACAUUCAUUGAAACCAGACCAAAGAGUUAUUGACUGGAUCACAGACCAACCAGUUGAAAUACUACCUCAUCUAUAUCUUGGUAAUUUCCAGCAUGCAUCACAAUUAGACAUUCUGCAGAGACUUGGUAUAACCUCACUGAUGAAUGUUUCUAAGAGCUGUAAGAAUUGUUUUGAGGAUAUGUAUGAGUAUAUGACAAUACCAGUGGAUGAUAAUGAUUCUGCUGAUUUAUCCUCCUGGUUUGACAGUGCUAUUGCUUUUAUUGAUGAUGUAAAAGCUAAAGGUGGUAGAGUAUUGGUUCACUGUCGAGCUGGGGUUAGUCGAUCUGUCACCAUCUGCCUUGCCUAUCUGAUGUUUACCGCCAAAAUACGAUUAGAAGCUGCGUUUGAACAUGUACGAUCAAAGAGGAGUAUGAUCUCACCUAGUUUAAACUUUAUGCGUCAGUUAGAGCAAUUUGAAAAAGAACUUGAUUCAUCUAUAAGUUUGAGCACAUCAUCUUCAGAUAUCUCCAUGGCUAGCUCUAUGGACUCGUCCCGUGAUAUAAGCAGCUCUGACUCAUGCUCACAUACAGGGUUUGAGUUUACCAUGUCUGGUUCUAUUACGUCACCUACAACACCUCUGUUACUACCAAGUUAACCAACAAGAUUUGUAGAUUAAUGUUCUGUUGCUGGCAGAUCAUGUGAUAUCAGAAAGCAUCCUAUGUUAUUUAGUAACCAUAAUUUGUUGUCUUCUUGUUUCUGAUUAAACAGUUAAUCUAAAGGCAAUUAAAUUUUGUAUGUACAUUUUCAUCCUCCUAUCCUAAAAGAAUAUAUUCAAAUUUUUAUCUUUUUUAUUCUACUUCUACCAAUACCUAAAUCUUUUUUUUUCUCUCUACAUUUCAGGACUUUUUGGUUUAUUAUCAAUUUGACACAACAUCUUUGAUAAGAUAUACAAACUAACUUAAAGGCUACUCUGUUUUCAGACAUGGAUAUGGUUAAUAUUCAGAAAUUGUAACCUUAGAAAUAAAAAUAAAAUUGGGAGUCAAUUUUAAGGUGAGGAGGAUAAUGUACAUACAAUUUUAAAGGCUUUAAUUUUGUAUUUGUUAAUAACAAUCUUGUUCUCAUUAUAUAUAUAUAGUUGGUAACUGGUAAUACAUGCCAGUGAAAAAGAAAAUAUUUUAUAAAAAGUAAUGUUGAACCUUAUAUAGAAGUUUAUGUUAACAUUUUUGUAAAUUAUAUUGGUAAAAAUUGUUUUAAUCAAAAGUAUAAUUUUUCAAAUUAAAGAUUUUUCCACCUGAAAAUGCAUUGUUACAGAUUGUCGAUAUAACUUUCAUAAAAAAUCUGAAAAAGAAAUCCACCUGGAACAGAUUAUUAUUAUUAUUACUUUACUUAAAUGUAUUUUUUUAUGUUAUUGAAACUCACCUAAAAAGAUCUACAAUCAAACUGUUUACAAUUAAUUUUUGUUGUUAAAAUUUUUGUUUAUUUAGUGUAUUUAUAGAUGUUGAUAUGUUUAUUUAUACAUUAUUUGUAUAUCUUCAGGUAAAAAUACAUUUGUAUACAAACUUUAUUUCAAAACAUACCGGUUAUUGAGUAUUUUAUAAAUAUGCCAAAAAAAAUGUGUAUUAUUGUGCAUAGUUUUUUGUAUCCCCAUAUUUAAUUCAAAAGGUAUUUAUUACUGAAGUUUUAUUUACCUUAUGCAGUAAAGAAUACUAUUCAUUUCAUGGAAAUCAAUACAAUGUAAAUUAAUGCCAUUGAAGUAACAAACAUUGCAAUGUAUACUAAUGUCAUUGGAGUUACAAUAUUACAAUAUAUUCUAAUGUCAUUGAAAUAACAACAUUACAAUGUAUACUAAUGUCAUUGCAGUUACAAUAUUACAAUAUAUUCCAAUGUCAUUGAAGUAACAACAUUACAAUGUAUACUAAUGUCAUUGGAGUAACAACAUUACAAUGUAAACUUAUGCCAUUGAAGUAACAACAUUACAAUGUAAACUUAUGUAAUUGAAGUAACAAACAUUACAAUGUAAAGUAAUGCCAUUGAAGUAACAACAUUAAAAUGCAUACUAAAUUCAUUGUCAGAAACAACAUUACAAUGUAAAGUAAUGUCAUUGACACACAACAUUAAAGUGCAUACAUAUGUCAUUGAAAUAACAGCAUUAAAAUGCAUACUACGUAAUGUCAUUGAAGCAACAAAGUUACAAUGUAGACUGGUGAAAUAGGAAAAAAGUACUUUCUUACAUUUUGUUGAAUUUUUGGUGAAAGGAUUAUUUGGCUCUUUUGUCAAAGACCAAGGAUCAAUUUGAAAUAAAUGUGAUGGGUCAUUUCCAGGAUUAAUUUAAUGUUGUAUCUUUUGAAAAGAAAUAUGUAGAUUUUACAUUAACAUCCAAAGGCAUUCCAGUGGCAGAAAAGGAUAGCGAAAUAAAUCAAACAUCACAUUCCACACAAUCAGGUCAUCUAAAACAACAAUGGAAAGUUUGUCUUUUCAAUCAGUUGUGCAAUCUUUUUUUUUCUUUAAUGUUCAUAUAGAUUUUUCUAAGAAAUUGGUAUCCUAUCAUUACCCCAUGAGAUUUAAAUUAAAACGGACUUAUUAAGAUUCACUAAACAUUGUUUUGGUUGUUAUUUUAUUGACAUUUCCUAUGUACAUUUCAUUUACAUAUACAUGUAUCAUGACAGUUUUCUAAGGAAUCAAUUACCUUGUACAUUUAUAACAAAGGAUUUUAAAACAUUGGUUUAAAGGAGUGGGUAUGUUAAGAGUGUUAAUUGGCCUAUGAAAUGGUGUAUUAAAAAAUCAUCUGAAUUUUGCAUUGUAACUCUUGAUAGAUGCAGACAAUUUGAAUUUUUUCUUGAAACAGCAAAAUGUCUUAUAAUUUAGUUUGGCCUAUAUUUAUUUAUAAUUGAGAAAUAUCAAACACAUGCAUAAACCAUACAAAACUAAGCAGAGUUGACAUAUUAUAAACAGUCACUACAAUUUAUGUAAUGGUUGGUUCAAGGUUGUACUUUAAUUUGAAAAAUUAAUAGCAGAAGUAUUUAUUUUUUUGAGAAAAUGGUUAAAAUGAUUACAAUUAUUUAACCUUAAAUACAAGCAUAAAAUUAAUCUAAGAUUAGAAGUACAAAUUUCAAUGAAAAAAAUUGGCCAAAUAAUGCUUUAUCACACCUACUUUAAAAAAUACAUAAGAAAUCAUGUCAUCUCUAAUGGAACUAUAAGUUUACACAUGAAUAAUGUAGUUAAGUAUAUGGGUCUUAAGUUCAAAUGAAAUUUAAUGUUUCAAUUCUGAUCAUUAUUUGUUGUUGUUGAAUGGACACAAAUGUUAAUAGAAUUCAAGUUUGUUGUUAAAAAUAAGGUUUGCUUUAAGAUAGAACAUUCUAGUGCAACUUCAAUAAUUUAAACAGUUAGUUCUGUUCCUUUGACCUUAUCUGAGAGAUUAAAACUUUCAUAGAAUAAUCUUAAUGUUCGUACAUCUAAUGUUUAUAAUUUAAACAGUUCUACUCACAAGUUUUCAUUGUAUAUAUUCAUGUAUAUUUCCAUGUUCUUUUAACAUAUAUGUACACAUAUAUUACUUUUUUGUAAAAUUUCAUAUUUCACUGUUUCUUGUGGUUACAUAUCAAAGCAUAUAAAGAGUUUGUUUAUAAUGUCUUUACCAUAAAAGAAGCUUUAUUUGACAAAGGCAGAAUACUUAUCUUCUUUAAAUAUUUUUAUUUUUUAAGAUAUUUUUCUUUUAUGAAGCUUUACAAUCAAAUAAUGUCUGUAUGUGAUAAAUUAUCUGAUAAUAAUACUGUAAAAUAAGUGUUUUUUACAGUGUACCAAGUACUGCUAUUUUCAUGGUACUAUGUGUGAAAAUAAUUCUAUAUAUAAACUGCACUCAAGAGUUGUAAUACAUGAUAUUGUAUAAAGCCAUAAAAAUAAAUACACACAAAUAUGCUAUGAUAAACAAGGAUGUAAAAUUGGAUGUGACAAAAACUGAUAUGUUUACAAUACUAUGUGAUAAUUAUUAAAAUAAAUUGUUAAUGUAUUAAAAUACAUUGGGUAAAUAAACGGUGGAAGCUAUACCUAUACUAUAACUUAUUCUUCAUAUUUGUCAAAAAGGACAAUAUGAGAGAAAUUAAAAAGAACAAUUUUUCAUAACUGAAAAAAAUUUCAAAUCCUAAAAGUUGUAAAUAUAUUGCUUAGAUAUAUAAACAACCACUUUUUUAUCAUUAAAAAUAUUAAUAAAAACUUUAGAGCACCUUUUCAUACAUAUAAGGUUUUUUCGACUUUUAUUUGUCCAAUUCUGCUAUUAUGAAUAAACGCAAUGCACCUUGGUAUCAAUAUUUUGCUUCAGAUCCACAUAUAUUAUUUUUACUAAGAUUUGCCUUGAUAAUGUUCCUUGUGGGAAUGUUUUUGAGGUCAUAGGUCAAAGUUAUAGCAUCUAUAAUUAGUCUAAUAUUUUAGAAACACUGUCCUUUGAAAUCUACAUGGGGUCUCUUCAGAAUGUACCAGAUUUAUCCUACUGCAAGAAAUACAACUACAUAUAUACAUAUUGAGGUCAACACAUGCCUAAUGUAACUGAGAUACUUUUGGAAUAUUUUACAAUUUAUUUUAAAUCCGAUUGUUGACUUAAAAGAAGCAAAAUAGGACUAACAUUUUUCUCAUGCUCAAAAUAUUUAAAUGAUCUCAGAAUCCAUUAUUAGAUCUCAAACAUUUUUUUUCUAUUGUUCCAUGACAAUAUAAUAAUAUUUUCAGACAUUUUAAGCCUGAAUUAUUCAUGUUUGUCUUCAGACAUUGUAAGAUUUUUCUAAAGUAAUAUUGAAACUUCAUACCAAAUUCAUUUGAAUCUGUGUUUUACAGAAUGAUUUUGAAACAGCUGAUGGAAUACAAUAGAAAUGUAUGUCCAUUUUCAGUCUCGUAAUAUGAUGAUAGGUAAAUUGCAAAAUUUGAAGCAAGAGUUCUUCUUGUAUACACCAAAAUAUUUUCUUUGAAAAUUAAAAUUUCUCCGUAAACUUUAACUUCAUUGAUUGAUAGUGAUACUGUGGAUUCAUUUAUUUUUUGUGGAUACAAAUUGUUGUUGGUUGAGUGAAAAUUGUAUUUUCGUGGAUAUUUGAUUUCGUGGUUUUACAAAAGAUUGUACACAAGUCUAUAGUAAAUUUAUAGCUGUGUUGGAAAUAUAAAAUUAAUGGUUUACCUUUACCAAAGAAAUCAACAAAAAUUGGCAACCUGCGAAUAAUAAUUGAAUCCAUAGUAAUUGAUUUUGUUUUGGGUGUAAUGAAUUAAUUUCUUCUCAUUGGAUGCAAUGAAUUACAGCAUGUUUGAAAGUUCUUUAUCUUAGUGAAUAAAAACAUAAAUUGUUAGGAUUGAUAAAGUUUUUAUUGUCCAUGAUAGAUGUGCCAUUCCUCUGGCAAUCCAAUGAUGACAGUAGGAACUUAUUCAAUCAUUGGUAUAGAUGGUUAAAACCACACACUGUGAUCAGAUCAUGAACUUUCACUGCUAUUUUUAAAAGCAGUGUGAUUGGUCAAUUAGAGUUUGAUGUUAUGAGAGGAUCCAUUCUAGCAAAUCUUGUGACAUAAUUUUGAUAUCAACAGAUAAUUAUAUUAUGUUAUAAGUAAGACAAAAUAUAUAAUAUAUAUUGCCUGUUAGAAUGUUUAGUUACUAUAUUUAGUUUGUAUGUUGUUUUUGUAAACAACAAAAUGAGGCACCUCUUACGUUAUAUGUAAGUGUAUGUGUAUUUUAUAUUUUCUUCACCAAUUGAGUUUUGACAACAUCAUGCAAAGUUCAUGAUAAUUGUAUGUGAAUUAACAUGUGUUAGACUGGUUGCAUUUAAAAUGUGGAAAAUUAUUGUGUUUUUUUGUUUAGUUUUGUAAACUGGGUUUUAGUUUAUAAUAACAAUUGUUAUAUGUGUUUCUAUGAUAAUAGUGGAUAAUUGUGUAUUAGAUGGGUACAUGAUUGCACAUAAUACCUAUGUAUCCCAUAUAAAAGAUAGAUUUUUGUCACCAUUCAAUUAGAAUAAUUUAAAAUUGAGAAAAAUUGUCAGUGAAAAAAAAGUACAUAGUUUUGCAUUUCCUGCAAAAGAAAUUUUGACUUGAAAUAUUUUAUUCACACAUUUAGAACUAUUAAAAAAGGAUAGUUAAACAAUUUUUACAUUCACACAAAUAUGUGACUUUGAUGUUUUCUGUUUUGUUUAAAACAUUGCUUAUUUAUAACAAUGGAAAAGAACUACUUGUGGGAUAUUUUUUUCUGCAAUAAUUUUUUCGUCUAAAAAUAUUGAGUUUCAGAAGUGUUAGCUAUCAAUAGCCAUACAACAUAUAUACAGUACCGUUACAUUCCAGUUUAUAAAGACAUUAGUUUAAGUCUAUUAGUACAGAAAGGCAAAUUUCUUUGGACUGAGGCCAUUCAUAUUUAAGGAUCUUUUUCUCAGUUAUCAAGAAUACCUUUCAAAAGUGGACUAAGGGUUCUUCUCAAUACCCAAGAAUAACAGUUUAUAGUGGUCAUAUAAACAUUUUUUUUUAUCACAUUUGACAUUUGGUAAUAUCCUAGUGUAAAGAAAAAUAUGUUUUAUGUAUGCUUAGCAGUCUCAUAUAAUUAUCUCUGCAAGAAUAAUUAAGUUAUGGUAUAUAUUUGAUGGAUCUGUGUGACUGGAUACUGUAAAAUCAGAAAUUAUUGCAAGGUUUUUAUUAAUGCUACUGGGCAAGUUUAGCAGUUAUAAGAACAUGCAUUUUGAUAUCUGAUACAUAUAUUUGUAGGCAGAUUUUCUUUGAAUUGCAAUUAUUAAUCUCAAUUUUUUUCAAAUUUUCAUAAAUUGCCAUAAUAAAUACUUGCAAUAAUUUUUGAAUUAACAGAAGAUGGAGGACAGACAAUGACAAAAUCCUAUAAUUUCAUUAUAAACUAAAGGAUUCUGGGAAAAUAAAUUAAUGAAAUACUCUAAUGUUACUGGGUUUUCAAAUGAAAAGUAGUCCUUAGAUAACAUUUUUUUUUUACUUUACACUGCCUAAGUGAGUUGUCAUCAUGUUUAGGUCUACUGAAGUCCAAUAAGAUUGUUUUAUUGUAAAUAUUUCCAUUUGAGUACUACCUCUAGUUAAACAGACUCACACGAGUUUAUAACAAAUUCAUAUCAUUGUUACAGCCAUGUUAUAUCUGCUGGUAGAUUUUGAUUGGCUGGUAAAAUAUUAUAAUUAGAGAGAAAUAACAUAUAUAAAUUUAUUUAAAUUAUUGUUUUGUAAAAAGUGAUAAGAGAAGAAAACAGAAGGAAAAUGAAAGUAUAAUAUAUAUUAUUGUUUGGAGAAAAUUAAAUGAAAAAAGAUUAAGUUCAUAUUUAUAUUUUCUUUUCAUAGAAGCUUUAUUAAAGAAUAAGUUUUUAUUUAAAAAUUAAAAGUAUGGUUUAUUUCGAUUAUCUUAGCUUCACAUGAAAAAGAAAGUUGAACAAAUAGUAAGAAGAAAAAAUAUAGUGAUUCCAUAGAAAAAUGGAAAUUGAUGACAAAUUGUUUAUAAAGUUGUUGUUUUAUACAGUUAGAUAAUAACAAGUAACAAACUCACACUGAAUUAUACCAGCUGACAAUCUAAUACCAUGAUAUUUGUUUAUCCAUCAACUGGAAUUUCUCAUACAUGUACAUAAAUAUAAUCCAAAAGAUAUUUUAGUAGUUUUAAUAUACAUGGAUAUUUGUUGAAACAGUUGAGGUAUGUUAUUAAUAUUGAAAGCCCAAUUGAUUUGGAAGCAAGACUUUUUUUGAGUUUAUUGUUCCAGGUAUUUUUGUCUGUUUUAUAAGUAUUUAUAUAAUCUUUUGUUUAUUUUGAUUUAUUUGAAUCUCUGGAUGAGACAGUAUUUAAAAUUGCCACUUCAAAUACAUAGUUUACAUUAUCUAGAGUGAUUAUCUCCCUUGUAAAUCUGUUUGAAUUAUCUCCAGUUUAGCAUAAAAAUAAAUUUGUAAUGAUCAUUUUCAAACUAAAUUCAAAGUAUGAAGUUAACAUUUAAAUCUUAAACUUUUUUUAGCAACUGACUAAGUCACUUUCCAUUAAAUUGGACAUCUUGUAAAGGGAGAUAAUAUUUUAUUGUUUAUUUGUGGUUACCUUAGUUUUUUUAUCAAAAAAAAAAAAAAAUCAAAAGAAAUAGUAUGCCUUACCAAGAAAGGGAUAUAUAAAUAAAUCAGAUCUGAGCCAAAAUCACCACAAAUACAGACAUUUAUCAGUAUCUCAAAACAUAAAUUGACAGUUUAGUAUGGAGGCUGAUAAAAAUAUUUUCAUAAAAAUAAUUUAUGAAACAAAAUUAUAAAAGAUAAUGUAAACUAUGUUUGUUAUAAAUAUUCUUUAUUUUUUUUAAGUGCCAUGUUGUACAGAAGUUGUUAGCACUCUUAGUUCUAUGAUUUAUAAUUUGGUUUUGUGCCAUUAUGUAUAAAAGUUAAUAGUCCUUUGAUGCCAAAGAAAUGUACUUAUUUUGAUAAAUAACUAAUUUUGUCAAGAAUAUAUUGAAGAUUGAUGACAAA